CCGCUUCCAUGUUCUAGUGUUUAUUCAUUAUUGAGAUCCCGAUCACGUAGCGGGUUUCGCGUUCCGACGCGCCGAUUCCGAAACGUUAUUAUCCCCCGAUAAAUCGCCGAAUAUCGGCCGAUAUAUCGCCGAUACGGUUUCCCCCUUCCUCUAUUUCUUCGUCGUCGUCUCCCCCGAUCCUAAAUUUGGCCCCGAUUUGAUCGGCGCUUCGCUCCCUCUUCCUCCUCGUCUCUUUGCCCUACGCGCUCGGGCUCGGGAUCGCGCGAUCAUUUCCCGAUUUUUUCUUUUUCGCGGCGCAUGGCGAGGAAAUGGUGUCGGAGAUCGGAUUCCUCGGCGGCGGCGGCGGCGGCGGCGGUGGGGAUGAGCCUCCUCUUCGCCUCGGCGAUCGCGUCCGCGGAUCGCCGAUCCGAAGUCGAAGCCUCGGGAGAAGCUUCUAGAAGCGGCUCGAUCGUCCCCGAUUACUUCCUCCGGCUCGCCGAUUUUCUGUGGCGAUCCGAUGGAUCCUCGUACCAACACGUUUGGCCGCCUAUGGAAUUUGGGUGGAGGAUCGUGUUGGGAUCCGUGAUCGGAUUCAUGGGAGCGGCGUUUGGGAGCGUGGGAGGAGUCGGUGGUGGAGGGAUUUUCGUUCCCAUGCUUACUUUGAUUAUCGGAUUCGAUCCCAAAUCCUCUACCGCAUUAUCAAAAUGUAUGAUCAUGGGUGCAGCCGCAUCGACCGUUUACUACAAUCUCAAGCUGAGGCAUCCAACUUUGGAUAUGCCAAUUAUCGAUUACGACUUGGCAUUACUUGUCCAACCCAUGCUUAUGCUCGGAAUCAGCCUCGGUGUCAUAUUUAAUGUAAUAUUUCCCGACUGGAUGGUCACCGUGCUUCUGAUCAUCCUCUUCUUAGGCACAUCAAUUAAGGCAUUUAUGAAGGGUGUGGAGAGUUGGAAGAAAGAGACAAUUAUCAAGAAGGAGACCGCCAAACGCUUAGAAUCGAGUGGUCGGGCGAGUGAAGUGGAAUACCAACCACUUCCUUCUGGUCCUUCUGGUCCAGGCAAUGGUGAGCGAAACGUGACUAAGAUGAAUGGCGACCGAGAGGUCCCAAUACUAGAGAAUGUAUGCUGGAAGGAGCUUGGUCUUCUUGUCUUUGUGUGGAUGGCAUUCCUUGUAUUGCAGGUUGCAAAGAACUACACACCAACAUGCUCCACAUGGUAUUGGGUUAUUAACUUGCUUCAGGUCCCAGUCUCCGUCGGAGUAACCUUAUACGAAGCAACAAGCUUAUAUCAAGGAAGGAGAGUAAUAGCAUCUAAAGGGGACGAAGGGACUAACUGGAAAGUUCAUCAGCUGUUUAUUUAUUGUCUAUGUGGUGUCACUGCUGGUGUUGUUGGGGGUCUUCUUGGUCUAGGGGGAGGAUUUAUUAUGGGUCCACUCUUUUUGGAGCUGGGUAUCCCCCCACAGGUAUCGAGUGCUACCGCAACCUUCGCCAUGACAUUUUCCUCGUCGAUGUCCGUUGUAGAAUACUACCUCCUAAAACGUUUUCCCGUCCCAUACGCAAUUUACUUGAUUGCCGUGGGGACCGUCGCCGCCUUCAUUGGCCAGCAUGUGGUCCGGAAACUGAUCAUUUUGAUGGGGAGGGCAUCACUCAUCAUCUUCAUAUUGGCUUUCACAAUCUUUGUCAGUGCAAUUUCACUUGGUGGAGUUGGUAUCUCUAACAUAAUCAAGAAGAUCGAGCACAACGAGUACAUGGGAUUUGAAAACCUCUGCAAGUAUCAAGUGUAGACCAACUUCUUCAGUAGGGAAAACUUAUCCUCAAACUUACCCUCUCUUCCUCCAUGGAGUUUUGCAUUGCUUAAUUCCUUAAACUUACCCUCUCUUCCUCCAAUUGAAGAAGGUGCAUGCAAUCGCGCAAUCGCGUCCAGGGUUUUCUACAUUUGAUUAGGUUGUAGGAUCGAAAAAAAAAAAUUAUUUUGCAGGAAUGAUGCACAAGAUUCUUGCUGUAUUUCCCUAUUGUUGCACUUAUUAUUUUUUCCCCCUUUUUUUUCAAUUUCACAUUCAACCAUUGUACGUAUGGCUGAUUGUUUAAGGUAAUUAGUAUGAUCAUUUUUAUUGUCGUAUCAAAUUUCAAAACUCGUUUGAUUCUGCCCUGGCUUCAUUGUCCUGAAGAAAUUGUUGGUGUAUGAUAAUUGCACAGUGUUAAAUUAAAUGGCAAAAUGAAGGAUGUGGUGUGCUUGGCAUUGAUGCCAAAA